AUGGAACACGGAGGCGGAGGCUCGUGGGGAGUAGAAGUCCCUUCGCCAGAGAAGUCGAGCCAGCUCUACAUACGCGACUACCCGCAUCGAUCCGUCGCCAUUGUAUCCAACUCCCACGCCCUCAUCUUCAGUCAUACAUCCAGCCACGAUCUCACCAGCCAAGGCAAUGGCAGCAGCCACCAUCUUCCUCAAGUGCAGCCUCAUCGAUCCCGAACUUCAGGCACAGAGACCCCCGUGUCCAAAUGCAUGGCCGAAUUCACGCCACUGUCGAAGCACACGCUUUCCGACUAUCGCAGUCUGAUACCGCGGCCGAUAUUUGGGACACUGGGCUUGAUUGCGGUUGAUGGAGAUGUCUUCUUGUCUGUCGUCACGCACGCCACACGGGUUGCGACCAUCCGGCCUGGCGAGACGGUCGAGAAAAUCUCCAGCGUUGCCUUCUUCUGCCUCAACAGCGACCGCUGGGACGAUGUCGUGUCCAUUGACAAUCUGGACCCCGACCUGUCCGAUGCCUCAUCCGUGUACGGACCAGCCGGCUAUGGUCAGAACCUGAGUCGCCGAGAGAUUACGGUCGAACAUCCUUGCCAUGACCUCAGGAAACUACUGAGCAAUGGCUCAUUCUACUACAGCACCGACUUUGAUGUCACCAACAGGCUGCAAGAUCGGUCCGUGAACUCGGCCGCCUUCGACAUUGACAACUUUGACGACUCGUUCCUCUGGAACUCCUUCAUGAUUAGCCCCCUGGUCCAAUUCAGAUCACGUCUCAUUCCCCACGAGAGAGAGGCCCUUGACGCAUCGAGGAUCCUCACGUCCGCCAUCAGGGGUUUCUGCCGUACCAUCGCCAUCCCGCAGAUCAGUGCUCCUCUGAAAACAACGAGUACAGGCCUCCCUUCGUAUCUGACAGUCAUAUCGCGACUCUCGUGUCGAAGGGCUGGCACGAGGUUCAACUCCCGCGGCAUCGACGAUGACGGCAACGUAGCCAAUUUUGUAGAAACGGAAACGACCUACUGGAGCCCUAGAGGGACUCUCUUCUCGUUCAGCCAGGUUCGAGGGUCUGUGCCCCUGUUUUGGGAGCAGGCGGCAGAUCUUCUACCAGGAAAGCAGAACAUCAGCAUUACCAGGUCGCCAGAGGGCACGCAACCUGCCUUCAACAAACAUUUCCAAGACCUCGAGCAUGCUUACGGUGCCGUUCACGUAGUCAACCUGCUCAGCGAGGAGAAGCCCGGGGAAGCCCAGCUCAGCAAGCUCUACCACAACGGUGUGCGCCAUUCCCCGUUGAGCCAGGUCGGCCAGAAUCAGUCUCAAGAUCACGCCUUGUUGAGGGAGACGCACUAUGACUUUCAUGCGGAGACGAGAGGUGCUGCUGGCUACGAGUCGGCUAGGAACAUCAGAAGAUAUAUUGAGAACUCGACCGAGGGCUUUGCCUAUUAUCUCGCCGAGGAGACCGACGAUGUGGCCGAUGACAAUCGCAGCUUGACAACGGUCAACGGAGCCCCUCGCAUGGUCGUAUUGCUCCAGCAAGAAGGUGUUUUCCGCACCAACUGUCUAGACUGCCUCGACAGAACCAACCUGAUCCAGACACUGAUCUCCUCCAUGGCCAUGGAGUCGUUCCUGGGCCAAAGAGGAGAGUACGCGACGUCCGAUUUCUGGAUGAGACAUUCAACCCUCUGGGCGGACAAUGGCGAUGCCUUGUCGAAGAUUUAUGCAGGCACCGGUGCCCUCAAGUCAUCAUAUACCCGCACUGGCAAAAUGUCCCUGGCAGGCGCCGUUGCUGAUAUGCGCAAAUCGAUGCAGAGGCUUUACCACAACAACUUUACUGACGCCGCAAAGCAAACGACCAUCGAUCGUCUGCUCGGCCGGCUUGUGGGCCAGACGCCAAUGCACAUUUACGAUCCGAUCAGUGACUUUGUCGCAGCCGAGAUGAGCAAGAGGAGCGCAGAGUUCUCCUCAACACAGGAUAUCAACAUGUGGGUUGGCACUUUCAAUCUCAAUGGGCGGACCCAAGGCAUCGACCACGAUCUAUCGUCUUGGCUUUGCCCCAAAGAGCUGGGCCCAAUCCAGCCCGAGAUUGUAGCCGUUGGCUUCCAAGAAAUUGUCGAUUUGAGCCCCCAGCAGAUCAUGAACAGCGAUCCCACACGGAAACGAUUGUGGGAGAAGGCCGUGAAGCGGACACUCAACAGCCACUUUGAAAAAGCCGGUGGCGAGCGUUACGUGUUGCUUCGGAGCGGACAGCUUGUCGGUGCCGCGUUGUGCAUUUUCGUCAAGGCAUCCUCGCUCAGCAGCAUUAAGAAUGUCGAAGGUAGUGUGAAGAAGACGGGAAUGUCUGGCAUGGCCGGCAACAAGGGCGCGGUCGCCAUUCGGUUCGACUACGCCAGCACCCCCAUUUGCUUUGUCACGGCUCACCUAGCAGCCGGGUUUUCUAAUUAUGACGAACGCAACCGCGAUUACGCGACUAUCCAUGACGGUCUGAGGUUUCAGCGCAACCGCGGCAUUGAUGAUCAUGACACGGUCAUAUGGCUUGGUGAUUUCAAUUACCGCAUCGGUCUGGGUCCUGAUGCUGCCCGGUCUCUCGUCAAGAAGAAGGACCUGGCUACGCUGUACGAGAACGACCAGCUGAAUCUACAAAUGGUAGCUGGUCUAUCCUUUCCGUUCUAUUCGGAGGCGCGCAUCACGUUUCUGCCCACCUACAAGUUCGAUCUCGGGACGGACGACUACGAUACUUCGGAAAAGGCAAGAAUUCCGGCCUGGACGGACCGUAUUCUCCGAAAGGGGCAGAACCUGCGCCAGCUGUGCUACAACUCAGCACCGCUGAGGUUUUCAGACCAUCGGCCAGUCUAUGCAACGUUCCAAUGCACUGUCAACAUUGUCGACGAGUCUCACCGCGAGCAGAUCAGCCAAGAGUUAUAUUUGCGUCGGAAGCAGGAAGUUGGGGACCCUUCGACCAGUCUUGAUACUGAGGACGAGGACGACGAAGACCUUAUUGGAUACGACGCCAUCGAACCCGGACUACCACCUGCCAGCUCCGACCGGCAAAAGUGGUGGCUCGACAACAAGCAACCGGCGAGGGCAGGCGUGAAGCCGCCACCUCCGGGUGCAGACGGGCAGAGCAUGGUUUUGAACCCCAACAGACCGGCCAAUCCGUUCGGCGUGACGACGGAACCUGACUGGGUAACGGUAUCAAGAUCGCGCGUUUCGUCCUUCUCGACGAACCUGUCAACGUCACCCUACGAGCAUGUGAACACUCCGGCCGACCUCUUGACAUCAACGGCGCCCUCGGCGCGCAGGGCGCUUCCGCCACCAUUUGACCCUUCCACUCUCCCAGCUCCGCCGCCACGAACCAGUACGUGGGUCGAUGGUAGCUCAAACUCGAUGCAGAGAGCCGAGACACCACCCCCUCCUCCGCCUCCGAGGCGCCAGACAGCUGGCCCUACGGGCAGCUCGAACCAGUCGGCCUCCAUGGCGGCUUUACACAAAACGCAGGCUGUGCCUCCGCCACCGCCGCGACCGUCAUCGGCUCUUUCGGACCUCUCUCAGCUCUCGCAACAGUCACGUGGAAAGGCAGCACCACCCGUGGCAAGAAAGCCAUUACACCUGAGCUCAACGUCGCCGACGGCAAGCCCGUCAUCUACGAAGAAUGGGCAUGGUAUUCUGAGCGAUGAGAAACCAAAGCUUCCUAUGCGGGCAGCGACGGGGCCUGUCGCGCAGAACGGCCACGGCGGGCCGACGUCGCCUGCCAGCGGCGUGCUGAGGAAACAGCCGAUGGCCGGGGCGAUGGCCUUGCCAGGGAUGCGAGCAGGCGAGAACCGGCCCAAGCCUAAACCACAAGUGCCGACGAAGAUACAGAAGAAGGCACCGGUUGACUUGCUGGAUGCCCUGGGCGAUGACGAACCGCGUGGUGCGGGGAGCUGGGAGACGUUGACGCCCAGCAGCCACAGACGGUAG